AUGGCUAUCAAACAUAACAAAAUAUUGCUGGAAUUUGAAAGGCUUACGGUAACUUCUAAUCAUAUUAAAGAACAUCAUGUAUUAUUGUUUACUACUAAUAUUACCACAACGGAGUUGGUUGAUUAUUUAAAUGAUGAUUUUUACUUCGAGACGAGCUUGAGACUUUUAAAUUUAAAGGAUCAAUUAACAGUAAGAUGUCAGAAGAAUGUAGAUAAUCGAAAUAAGCAAUUAAUUAGUAGAUUGUUUUUUAAGUUGGUUUUGAAUUACAUUAUCUAUAUAUAUGAUGCAAAUGGUGAAUUUCAACCGUGGAAGGACUUGAAUUUUUCGUACAAUGAAUUUGGGAAACCAUACUUAAUGCAGCAAGAAUUGUAUAAAUUCCAAUUUAACUCGAGUUCGUCAAAUGAUAUAUUGAGUAUAGUUGUUGAGUUGAAUGCGCCAGGGCCUAUCGGAAUUGAUUUAUCUCAUUCAAGACAAGCAAUAUCGUCAACAAAUUUUCUUGAAGAAUUUAAACCAAUAUUUGAUCCAACAGAGAUACAACAGUUGCUUGAAAUUAAAAACGUUUCAUUUAGAUAUAUAAUAUUCAACCAAUUAUGGACUCUAAAAGAGGCUUUCACCAAAUUGUUGGGUAGUGGAUUGAAUAUUGAUCUAUCAAAGUUCUGCUUUUUCUUGAAUAAGUCGAUGAUUGAUGAUAACACCAUUUGCAGUUGUGAUAGCGACUCCCUAGUUUCGAAGUUCGAAAUAGAUUGGAAAAGAGAUAUAGACGUGAGUGUAUGUAAAUUAUUUGAUGAGAAAAAUCCAUUUCUACUUGAAUUGUCAUCUCGAGAUUUCAAUUGUUAUUCAGGGGUAUUGGCUAAUUCUACGAGUGAAAAGUUACCAGUAAUUGUGUCAGUUAUAAACCAGCACUACUAUAGAGAUGACAAAUCAUUUUCAAAAAACUUCAAUGUCAAUUUCUUCGAAGUCUUAUCUGAUAUUUAA